CAGAGUGCAAACUGUGCGCUAUGCUAGUUCACAUCGUGCCAACUUUUGAUCGAUUCUGAUAAGAUGUGUUGUGAUGGAAUCUGCGAGUGAUAUUUUAAAAACACCGCAUAAACAAGUGGACUUUAGUCGUGCAAGACCUACCUUAAUCAUACCUCCACCAAUAAAAGACCAAUGGACCCAAUACUCAACCAGUUCCACUCCGCAAAACUUUUCAAGAAAACAAUCAAUUUUUUACGAAGGAAUCGAUGGAAUAAGAGAUUUUACAAAGUCGGGGUUAGGGUUUGGUGAAAAGUGUGCUUAUUGGUUAUACAAGAAACUUAAAGUGUGGAGUCAAAAAUGGUUUACGCACAUGUUUUUGACUAUUGUACUUAUAUUUUAUACCAUUGGUGGAGCUUUAAUCUUUGAGGUGAUUGAAGGCCGAGCUGAAUCAACCGUAGAACUAGAUUUAAAAGAUUCUAGAGAUGAACUUCUCCGAGAACUUCGAGUGACGUCUCUUCAAACUCCUAUUGAGAAAUCUCUAGACGAAUGGAUAGGAGAAGCAUCUAGACAUAUACAAAAACGUUAUGAAAGUAGAUUAGAAAAUUACUAUUCGCAUCAUAAGCUCGCCGUUACAAAUGGUAUUGAAAACAAAAUUUGGACGUUUUGGAAUGCCGUCGUUUUCUGCAGUACUGUGUACACUAGCAUAGGUUAUGGACAUAUUUAUCCUGAAACAAAAACUGGAAAGGCUUUGACUAUCGUCUACUCUCUAAUCGGAAUUCCUCUUUUUCUUCUGGCGCUAACCGAUUUUGGAAAACUUUUUACCAGAUGCAUCAAAUUUUUUUGGUCGUUUGUUAGAAGACUUUAUUAUACUGGAAGCUGUCGGAAAGUGCGAAAAACAGCACAUAUGAAGGAAAUUGUUAAGGGAGCACAAAUGAUGUACGAAAUUGCAACAUUUCGUCGUCCUUCUGUAUUGGCCAAUAGUGAACAAACUGACACUCCUUCUCCAACAACACCCGCAAUGUCAAACUUUGAAAUCGAUGACGAAUUUAAUCUUCCUGUUACAUUAGCUAUUUUUAUUCUUAUUGUCUAUAUGUUUGUCGGGGCUCUCAUUUAUUGGUUAUGGGAGGCUUGGAACUUCUUCGAUUCUUUUUACUUUGUUUUUAUAUCGAUGUCUACAGUCGGAUUCGGAGAUAUGGUACCGAACGACGCCGCAUGUAUGAUGGUUUCUAUUGUGUACUUAGUUUUUGGCCUCGCACUGAUGUCAAUGUGUAUCAAUGUUGUUCAAGCAAAAUUAAGUGAUACUUUUCAACAAGCUUCUACCAAAAUUGGUGCCACCAUUGGUCUCUCCGUCGCUGAAGAUGACGGGGCCAUUACUACAGUGGUUCCCGACAACGUUGAAAUGGUGCCGGUGCAUGAUGACUCUAAAAAUCCAACUAAAGAUAAACAAAUGGAAACUUUUAAUGAAUCGACGUCUAUCAAAUCAAUUGGAACUCCAACAUCAGUGAAAACAUCAAAUUCAGUAUCGUCGAAAAAGCAAGUGGGUUUUGCAAAACCAAGACCACAUUUAAUAAUACCCUCUCCUCAAGAAUACAACAGAUAUCCUUCUCAGUACAUUGCGACUGCCCAAACGGCAGGUCUUGCUCCACAUCCCGCAUAUUUUAAGAGACAAUCGGUUUUUAUAUUCGAACAAUUACACGGAAUUAAAGACUUAACCAAGUCAGGAUUAGGUUUCGGCGAAAAAUGCGCUAUUUGGCUUUACACCAAACUAAAACAAUGGAGUAGAAAGUGGUUUACGCAUACUUUUCUAACACUGGUGUUAAUUUUGUAUACGAUUGGUGGCGCUUUUGUUUUUAUGGCGAUUGAAGGUGCGCACGAAAACAAACAAAUUAACGAAAGUAAAGUUCAGGCCAUUGAUGUAAGAGCAUCUAGGCACAAAUUGAUUAUAGAUUUAAGAAAUUUAUCUCUACGAAUGCCUUUGAAUUCUUCAGAUGAAGAAUGGACGAAAGAAGCAAAAGAGCUUUUCGAACGUCACAAAGAAGUGUUGAUCGAAAAUGAACAGAGAAAAAUUAAUAAAGAAAAGGAAGAAGAAAAACAGUGGUCGUUUUUUAACGCAAUUGUUUAUUGCGGUACAGUGUAUACUAGUAUAGGUUACGGUCACAUUUUCCCAAAAACGACAUCUGGCAAAGUAAUUACGAUUGUUUAUGCACUUAUUGGCCUUCCUCUCUUUCUUAUCGCACUAACCGACUUUGGUAAACUGUUUACUCGUUGUAUAAAAUUUUUUUGGUCAUUUGUUCGCCGUCUUUACUAUACUGGAAGCUGUCGAAGAGCUCGUAAAACUGCCCAUGUUGAGGAUUUCUUUAAAGGUGCUCAAAAAAUGUACGAAAUAGCAACUUUUCGUCGUCCUUCAACUGUCGAUGAUCCUGAAAACUUGACGUCUGCCCACCUGGAAACUCCUGUCACACCAGCAAUAUCUAAUUUUGAAAUUGAUGAUGAAUUUAAUUUGCCUAUAUCUUUAGCUAUUUUUAUUCUUAUUGUCUAUAUUUUUCUUGGUGCUGUGAUUUAUUCGUUUUGGGAAGAUUGGGAGUUUUUUGAUGCUUUUUAUUUCGUUUUUAUAUCUAUGACUACUAUAGGUUUUGGCGAUUUGGUACCUAAGGAUCCAGCUUGUAUGAUUGUUUCUAUCGCUUACCUAGUUUUUGGAUUGGCUUUGAUGUCUAUGUGUAUAAAUGUAGUACAGGUUAAAUUAAGCGACACAUUUAGACAAGCUUCAAGUAAAAUUGGAGCCACUAUUGGUAUUGCUAUGGCCGAGGAUGAUGGAAGUGUGAUGACUGUGCCUCCAGAAAAUGUUGAAUUACCACAAGUACAUGAAAAUACUUCGUCAAGUGUUCAAAAGCAGGAGUCUAAUGAAAUAACUAAUUCAACAUAAUUGUAACAAAUACAUAAUAAUUGUUGCAUACAUACCUAUAUUUCUAGUCUCAAUGAGGAUUAUCUCUCAACAGUCACAUGUUUUAUGUAAAGUUAAAUUAAAGUUUUGAAAACUUAAAAAAA